GCGUAGGAGGAGACUCGUCUUGCUUCAGAAGGGAAUAGGAGCCGGAGAGCAAUUCCAAAACAGCUGUCCGGCAGACGUCCCAGUCGACAGAAGUGUAGCCCCGAGGCACAGAUAGGAGGCAGGGCAGUGUCAACAAGCCACAGGAGCCCAAAAGCAGCCCCUGAACACACCAUACAGACACACACAUCAACCUGAAGCUGCUGUGCUCAGGAGCACACCAGAUUACCUGCAGAGGAUCAAGAUCUCCCACAUCAGAAUAUCUAAGAAAAGCGGCCAUUUGACCUUUCUACACUGGAGGACAUCACCAGAACUGCUUGAAAUCCUGUAUCGAUGCCGCUAUUGCUUAAAGUUUUUUGGAGUCCUGCCUGGCCGAUGUGCUACUGAGAAUGUAACUGGAGCUUCUGCAAGGGGAAUUAUAACGUCCAGAACUUGGAGAGCAUAUCCGACUUUUCUAUCCUACACACCUGAGAUCUCUUCCGCAGUUGCAGACAUGCCUGCGAAAGCACCCAUAUACCUGAAGCCCACCAAUAGUAAGAAGGGAAAGAAAUGUCGCCUCAGAGAUAUUUUGUCCCCAGACAUGAUCAGUCCACCACUUGGGGACUUUCGCCACACGAUCCACAUUGGCAAGGGAGGGGAGAGAGAUGCCUUUGGGGACAUGUCCUUCCUCCAGGGGAAGUAUGAACUCCUACCUGGGAAAAGGAGCGUCCAGCCUCAGUAUGGCAUACAAAGUGAGUUUCUGAGAGCCCACAGCACUGGUGAUGCUUCCUUUGCCGAGACGCCUUCUCCGGUUCUCAAGAACGCUAUCUCCCUCCCAACUAUUGGUGGCUGCCAGGCGCUCACACUUCCCAUGAUCUCCUCCCCUGUGUUCGCUAUCCCUGCGGAGCCAUCGGACGACAUCAUGGGGUCUACAGCUGCCAUGAAACCUGACAGCGCAGAGGAAGUAGAGAUGCUCCAGAUGGAUGCCCUGUUGCGCUCCCUGGAAGUCUUCAGCAGUGGGCCUUCUUCUCCCUGUGCAGACAUCCAGUCGAAACCAGACGUCCUCCUGGAUCUGCUGGAGAAUAAAGAUAAGUCCUCCUCCAAGGCGGUUUCCAAAGCUAACAAAAUAAACAAAAGCAAACCCAGAUUUGACAAGCCGUCAUCCUUUUAUAUAAAUGGCAACAGCACCUUCAAAACUAACGGAAGCCUGAACAGUAACAAGAGCAGUGACAGCUUUGACAGCUUUAACGGUAAAGGGGACUUCCAGAACAUGACCUGCAAUGGCAGCCGGAGUAUCAGCAGCAACUGCAAUGGUUAUGGACACUUUAACAAUGACAUUACCCUGGGCUUAAAGCAGGAGCUCUCAAAGUGCAAUGGAGAGUGGGUGGACAGGGACAGUGGGGUGGAGGAGGGCCGCAUCUGUGAUUUCGACUUUGGGUUUUCCAAGGAGAAGAGUACGUCACAGGAUUCCCUCACCCAAUUCACAGGGUCAUUCCUCUCCCUUGAACUUGAUCUGGGCCCAUCCAUCCUGGAUGACGUGCUUAACAUAAUGGAUAAACCCGCAAAGAGCAGGCCUUGAGCUGUGCUGCGGCCCUUGGGACGAGAAAGGGAAUAAUUCAACUAAUAGCCAUGAGGACAGAACGAGUCAUUCAAAAUGGUGUCUGGAUAUAUCAUUGAGAUGAAAAUGAGCUACAAUAGACAGAGCUGCUUAUGUUUUUAUUGUUAAAACAUAUUACUAUUCUAGCUUCUAUGGAGUGUUGGUUCUCCUUCUUUUUUUAUUUGCUAUGCCAGCCGCAUGUUUAGGAUGCAUGUGCGAUUGAGUUACUGCUUAAACACAGCCAUUGUGCCUUUUGUUUCGCAUUACUGUAAAAGUGCUACAUAAUAGAUUUGUGUUCUGUUGACUUUCACCGUAUAAUUACACAAUAACUUUGAGGUCCUUACCCUUUUUUAUACAGGCUUGAACAUUUUGCAUUUUGUGACUGGGAGGCGUGUGGCUCAGUGAAUUAGUGCGUUGGUGUUUGGAUCAGGGGAGCACAGGUUCAAACCCCUGCAGUCAGCAGCAUGUCGUUGUGUCCCUGAUAUAUUUCACCCCAAAUUGCUCCUGUGGGGAUUGUCCACAGUAUUGAGUAUGUAAGUCGCUUUGGAUAAAAGCGUCUAACAAGUAACAUGUAAUGUAAUGUGACUUCAAGUGUGUUUAAGAAGCGUUAUUUUUUCUGUCACAUAAUUCAUUUGCCACGUUUCAAACAACAGAACACUAUGCAUAUUUGUGUUGUUAAAACUGUAACACAAAUAAAUAAAUGUUGUCCUAUUCUG